AUGUCGUCCAAAGAUUUCAUCAUCAAGCACAUGAAUGCCGACCAUCAAGAUUCCCUCGCGCUAUUCCUACAAGCCUAUUGCGGUAUCACCUCCACUCAAGCCAAAAAUGCCAAAUUGGAAGAACUCACCACCUCAAACCUGAUCAUCACCGCCCACGGUACCCGCUACAGCGUCCCCAUCGAACCCGAGAUGAAGAACUACUCGGAGGCACGCGGUCGUAUGGUCGCCAUGCACAAGGACAGCCUAAAGCGCCUGGGCCGCAGCGAGAUCACACUCACAGAGUACCGUGCCCCGCGCGGUAUCCACGCCGUCAUCUUUGGCUUGUGUUUCCUUCUCUACGUCACCUGCUUCCAGCGCAGCAAUCUACAUCCCGGCUCGGCUCUCUACGAGUACCUGGGACUCCAGCGUGUGCCCUGGCUCCCGCGUUUCGUCUACAUUAUCCAGCCAUACGUUGUGGCCAUUCAUGUCUUUGAGACUGUCGCACUGGCUGUGACUAUGUUGAAGCCGUUGAAUGUGCCUGUUCUUUCAGGUUUGUGGUGGAAGUGGAUUGUGUCGUGUUCUGUUGAGGGGUAUGGUUCGUUUGCGCGCAUUAAGCAGUUUGUGAAGGAGCAGAGGGCGAAGAAUGGCAAGAGACAGUAG